UCAAAGGUACGCGAGACAGGACAAGUACUGAGGACACGUAGUAGUACGUAAGUCAUUGAUCGAACUUUUCAGCUUGAGGCAGAGCAAUUUUUCAACUGUCGGGGAAAACAUGGAUGUAGUCGCUGCAGUGGUAAAGUACAAUCAACAAACGUUAGGAAGGGAUAAACUGUGUCGGAUCAUCCAGUAUGCCUCAAGGUUGUCCAGUUAUCUUCUUCAACAAGGUGGCGCAAGUGUUGAUUGGGUGAAUAGGGCAAAAACACUAGAUAAACAGACAAGCACCUCAAGGAAAUUAUUUAGGUUGGGAAAGAGUUUGGACAUGAUAAUUGGUGCAAUUAGAGCUAAGGACAUCCAUCAUGACAACAUUCUGAAGGUCCUGAUCAUCUGCCGACGAGCUACAUUAGCCCUGUAUUAUAUCAUUGAUCACAUAACUUGGGCUGCAAGAUUGGGACUCUAUAAAGCUACCCCAAAGGAUUGGUCCAAGUUUCAGGCAAAAUUCUGGGCCAUUGCCCUUGUGUUUGGCCUUCUAAGAAACCUGUAUGAGAUCUUGAACCUAAUUUUUGUUCCAAUUAAGAAACAUGAUAGUGGAGAAGAAAGCAAUUCGCAAGGAAGUUCUGUUACAUCCCGGCUGAUGACCCGUCCCCAACUUUUUCUUGACACAGUCAAGAAUUCAGCUGAUUUCCUGUUGCCUUUCAAUGUUAUGGGUGUAAUUGAGUUGAAUGUUGGUUUGGCUGGGUUACUGGGAUUAAUUUCAUCAAUUGCAGGUGCAAUACCUGUUUGGAAUCCUAACAUGAAAUUGAAACCUUCUUAGAGAUGCAAUUGGAUGAUUUGAUGUAGUGUACUUGUGAUCAAGGCUGACAACUGGCUACACUAUAGAAUUCUUAAUUUUAUCAAGGGGGAAUUUUUUGUACUAUUACACUGUUAUCUGUGAGUGUAGUGCAUUUAGUUGCAGCGUUAGAGAGGCAACCUUUCUUAAGGAAACAGUUGUCAUUAUACUCUAUACCGCUGUAUUUUAAUAUAUAUAAUUUAAUUUGUGCCAUUAAUAUUAGUGAAUACAGAAUUUGUUUGAAGUGA